AAGAUGCAGUUUUCUGGAAAGCGGAAGAAUCUGGGCUUGACAGGUGACCAGAGAAGUGCUUCCUAUCCUCAUAGCCUUCAGUUUUACCUUCAGCCGCCAUCUGAAAACAUAUCUUUGAUAGAGUUUGAAACCUUGGCUAUUGAUAGACUUAAACUGCUAAAAUCAGUUGAAAAUCUUGGUGUAAGCCAUGUGAAAGGAAGUGAAGAAUACCAGAAUAAGUUAGAGAAUGAACUACGAAAGCUCAAGUUUUCUUUCAGAGAAAGCCUAACAGAUGAAUAUGAACCACGAAGAAAAGAUCAUAUUUCUCACUUUAUUUUGCGCCUUGCUUAUUGCCAGUCUGAGGAUCUUAGACGCUGGUUCAUACAACAAGAGAUGGAUCUUCUUCGAUUUCGGUUCAGUAUUUUACCUAAGGACAAGAUUCAAGAUUUCUUAAAGGAUAGCCAUUUACAGUUUGAGGCCAUAAGCAACGAAAAGAAGAAUCUUCAAGAAAAGGAGAUUGUUGCUUCAUCACCAAGUUUAACUGUGACUCAGUUGGAGCUGGAGGCAGUUUAUAAGAUUCCUUUUGCUGAUGCUCUAGAUUUGUUUCGAGGGAGGAAAGUCUAUUUGGAAGAUGGCUUUGCAUAUGUACCACUUAAGGACAUUGUGGCAAUCAUCCUGAAUGAAUUCAGAGGCAAACUAUCCAAGGCUUUGGCAUUAACAGCCAGGUCCUUGCCUACUGUGCAGUCUGAUGAGAGACUUCAGCCUCUGCUUAACCACCUCAGUCAUUCCUACACUGGUCAAGAUUACAGUGUACAGGGAAAUGCAGGGAAGAUUUCUUUGGAUCAGAUCGAUUUGCUUUCUACCAAAUCGUUCCCACCCUGCAUGCGUCAGUUGCAUAAAGCCUUGCGGGAAAAUCACCAUCUUCGUCAUGGAGGCCGAAUGCAGUAUGGCCUUUUCCUGAAAGGCAUUGGUUUAACUCUGGAACAGGCAUUGCAGUUCUGGAAGCAAGAAUUUAUCAAAGGAAAAAUGGAUCCAGAGAAGUUUGAUAAAGGCUACUCUUACAACAUCCGUCAUAGCUUUGGAAAGGAAGGCAAGAGGACAGACUAUACACCUUUCAGUUGCCUGAAGAUUAUUCUAACCAAUCCACCAGGCCAGGGGGAUUAUCAUGGAUGCCCAUUCCGUCACAGUGAUCCAGAGCUGCUGAAGCAGAAGUUGCAGUCAUACAAGAUCUCUCCUGGAGGAAUAACCCAGAUUAUGGAUUUAGUAAAAGGGACACAUUACCAGGUAGCCUGUCAGAAGUACUUCGAGAUGAUACAUACUGUUGAUGAUUGUGGCUUUUCCCUGAAUCAUCCUAAUCAGUUCUUCUUUGAGAGCCAGCGGAUUCUAAACGGUGGAAAAGACAUCAAGAAGGAAUCUAUCCAACCAGAAGCUCCUCAACCAAAACCAAGUGUUCAGAAAACCAAGGAUGUAUCCUCUGCUCUGGCCUCUUUAAAUUCCUCCCUGGAAAUAGACAUGGAGGGACUGGAAGAUUACUUCGGUGAAUGAUUCUUAGAGAGUUUAAUAUCUUCCUC